GGAUUCCAAAUCCACAAAAAUCACAACACAACACCCCUUCUCUCGUGAGUUCCAUAAUUCACCAUUCUCUCUUUUUGCUCCAUUUCUCUCUUUUCCCACUCCUCUGCUUCUCUCACCCUAACUUUCCCAACCCUAGCCCCUUUUUACUCCAACGGAAAUUCCUUCAAUUCUCCGUAACGGUUUCUCGAUCCGCUUAUCCGUUACCAGAAAUCAAUUCAGAUUUUCCGUUGCUUCAACACUAGAAGAACAAGGAGGAGAUGCUCGCGACUCUCAUCUGAAGCUCCGUCGUCGCCGUUCAACGAGGUUUCCAUCUGAAUCAGAAUCAGAACAACCGCUCACUGUCUCGUCGUGUUUGAUUGUGUUGGAUUGGAUUACCGAAGGAACAGACAAAUCUUGUUUGUUGUUAUUCCUCUUCGGUUCAAUUCGAUUCCACAACAAACCCUAGUUACUGUUGAUAUGGCUUCUCGAAGCUUCUGAUUUCAUAGGGCUUUGCUUCUCCGGAUUUGGAUUUGGAUUCGUCUGUUCAGAAGGAGAUUUUUUAGUUGUACAAGGAAUUUGAUUUCUCUAGAUUCGGAGUUUCUUAAGGAAGACGAAGCUGCAGAAAACUGUUGAAGAAUUCUAGAAGUGAAUCUCAUCUUUGUGGCGAUUGGUUCGAUUUGUUCGAUCUUUACCUUAGUAUAAUUUGCAAGUGUAGGAAAAAAAAGAGAAGAAAAAAAAAUAAGUUUGAGUUUAUUGUACUUUUUUAUUUGUUUUGAGUUUCAAUAACAGGGCUUUCUAUUAUUAUUAUUUUUAAAUUUCAGAGGCCCUUUGAUUCUCUUUGUGUUUUGUUAUUGCUUUGGUAAAUUAAUCUUCUUUUAUAGAUUGAAAGAGAAAUAUACCAUGGCGGUGUAUUAUAAAUUUAAAAGUGCAAGAGAUUAUGAUUCAAUUCCCAUGGAUGGUCCUUUCAUAUCUGUUGGUACUUUGAAAGAAAAAAUAUUUGAAUCCAAGCAUUUAGGGAGAGGUACAGAUUUUGAUCUUCUGGUCACCACCAACGCCCAGACCAAUGAAGAAUAUCUUGACGAAGAAACGUUGGUCCCUAAAAAUACCUCGGUGUUAAUUCGUCGAGUACCAGGACAGCGACGUUUACCAAUUGUUGCCGAACUACAACAAAAGGUGGAAAAUAACAUGGUGGAGACUGAUCCUGGGAACAGUAGCUUAGCAGCUGAAGAUAUGUCUGCCAUGAAAUAUCCCGAAGAUUCAGACUGGGAUGAAUUUGGUAAUGAUUUGUAUUCAAUACCCGAUCAACUUCCAGUUCAAUCGGUCAACUUGAUUCCAGAGGCUCCUCCCACAAGCAAAGUUGAUGAAGAAAGUAAGCUUAAAGCGUUGAUUGAUACUCCAGCGUUGGAUUGGCAACAUCAAAGUUCAGACUUUGGCCCUGGUAGAGGUUUUGGAAGGGGCAUGGGUGGACGGAUGGGCGGUGGGCGUGGUUUUGGUUUGGAGCGGAAAACACCUCCACAAGGCUAUGUUUGUCACAGAUGCAAAAUGCCUGGACAUUUCAUUCAACACUGCCCUACAAAUGGUGAUCCAAAUUAUGACAUCAAGAGAGUCAAGCAACCUACUGGUAUCCCUAGAUCUAUGCUGAUGGUAAAUCCACAAGGUUCCUAUGCUUUACCAAAUGGUUCAGUAGCUGUUUUGAAGCCAAAUGAGGCUGCUUUUGAGAAAGAAAUAGAAGGGAUGCCAUCUACACGAUCUGUUGGGGAUCUACCACCUGAGCUCCACUGUCCCUUGUGCAGCAAUGUUAUGAAAGAUGCCGUGUUGACAAGCAAGUGUUGUUUUAAAAGUUUCUGUGACAAAUGUAUUAGGGACUAUAUCAUCUCCAAGUCCAGGUGCGUAUGUGGUGCAACAAAUAUUCUCGCAGAUGAUCUUUUACCGAAUAAGACACUAAGGGAUACCAUCAAUCGCAUACUGGAGUCAGGCAAUAGCAGUACUGAAAAUGCUGGAAGCACUUUUCAAGUUCAAGAUAUGGAGUCUGCCCGUUGUCCACAGCCGAAGAAUCCCUCUCCAACGUCAUCUGCUGCCUCCAAGGGAGAACUGAAGAUUUCACUUGUUAAUGAUGGAACACCAAAAAUACAGGAGACAGCUGGUGAAAUAAAAGCCAUUUCUGCCCCACAGCAGACGUCAGAGCAUGCAAAGAUCCCUAGAGUCGGUGAUGUAUCUGAAGCUACUCAUGAGUCGAUGAGUGUGAAGGAACCAGUGUCGCAAGGGAGUGCCCAGGUGGUUGAGGAAGAAGUGCAGCAAAAGCUGGUUCCUUCUGAGGCAGCAAAGAAAAAGAAAAAGAAGAAAGUCCGGAUGCCUGCAAAUGAUUUUCAGUGGAAACCCCCACAUGAUCUUGGAGCUGAGAACUAUAUGAUGCCAAUGGGCCCACCUCCUGGCUAUAAUCCAUACUGGAAUGGCAUCCAACCUGGUAUGGAUGGAUUUAUGGCACCAUAUGCUGGUCCAAUGCAUAUGAUGGGUUACGGUCUAGGCCCCUAUGACAUGCCAUUUGCAAAUGGUAUGGCUCAUGACCCAUUUGCAAAUGGUAUGCCUCAUGAUCCAUUUGCAAAUGGUAUGCCUCAUGAUCCAUUUGCAAAUGGUAUGGCUCAUGACCCAUUUGGCAUGCAUGGUUACAUGAUGCCUCCUAUUCCUCCUCCGCCUCAUAGGGAUCUUGCUGAGUUCAGUAUGGGGAUGAAUGGUCCACCUCCGGCUAUGAGUAGAGAGGAAUUUGAAGCUCGGAACGCCAAUUUGAGGAGGAAGCGUGAAAAUGAGAGGCGGGGGGAAAGGGACUUCUCCAAAGAUCGAGAGUUUGGUAGGGAAGCGAGCAGUGUUGGGGAUGUUUCUUCAAUAAAAUCAAAAACUAAACCUAUUCCACCGUCUGCGGGUAGUGAUUAUCAUCAACACCGCCAUCGUUCUGAACGUCUAUCUCCAGAUCGAACUCACCGUGAAGUGGAACCGCCACGUCCAAUUAAAAGAAAAUCAGAUCACCACUCAGAAUGCGAACGUGAUGAUAGGGAUCGCGACUACGACUACGACCGUCACCAGCAUCGCCGUCAUCACCGAACAGAAUCCUCAUCCAGGAAAUCAUUAGAACCAGUUGCCAAAUCCUCAUCCAGGAAAUCAUCGGAACCAGUUGCCAAAUCUACAUCUCGAAAGUCACCAGAACCAGUGGCAAAAUCCUCAUCGAAUGCUUCACAAGCUAUGGCGGCGGCGGCAGCCGCAGCGGCGGAGCGCAAGCAUAAGGCCAGCGUGUUCACACGGAUAAGUUUCCCUUCGGAGGAAGAAGCCGCUGCGAAGAAGAGAAAACUAAGCACUACUUCAGUGACAGAAUCUUCCACCGCGAUCGCCAGUGCAUCCGCGGCACCUUCCAAUAGCUAUUACGAAGGGAGGAAGAGUAACGCUGACAUGGAUGAUUAUGAAUCUAGCGACGAUGAACGGCAUUUCAAACGGAGGCCGUCAAGGUACGAGCCUUCUCCUCCGCCGCAGGCUACAGAUUGGAAGGAGGAAGGAAGACACUCUAGAGGAACUAGAGAUCGGAAGCAUCGAUAGGUGAAGAUUUUGAACGUGUUGUAGUGCUCUUUACGCAAUGAAAUUAUCGCCAACAAAAAACUUUACCUUUCUCUUCCGAUGCUUAAAAUAAACUUUGCUAGGAUGGUUUUGACCGUGUAACUUUGUUGUGACUGUUAAGUAUCAAUAAUUUCGUCCAUGUACAAUUAUGUACUAUGUUUUAUUCAAAUCUAAUUAAAUGUAUGUGUUGAUUUUUCCA